UUUUCCCAGCGAGGCGCAGUGGAAAAUCGAAACAGCAAAUAACGCGCUGUGCUGUGAGUGCAUGUGCUUGCUGCUGAAUAUAAUAUCAGCAUUGGCUUGGUGUCCGUGGUCGAGUCGCGAGGAAUUAAAAGCAUUCGUAUCCGAAGCGGCACCGAAGGUGGACGGUUUUUUGUUUUACUGCUCGUUGUGCGCGGAGUGUUGCGGUUUGUCGUUUUCUCAUUAUAAUAGUCCUUUUGGUUGGAUUUUGUUUCGCGUGUCCUCCCCCCGUUCGCAAUCUCCCCCCCCACGGAAGAAUACACGUCGUUCCGAUUAGUGCGCGGUGUGCGGAACGGGCCUCAUUCGGAAGCGUCCCGGCCAACCAGUGCAGAAUAUCCUCGCAUUCGCAUGUGUGUCCCAGUCCCAGCGCAGUCAGUGUGCGAUAUUUUAUGUGUUGCUGCUGGAGUGCUUGUGUGUGUAUGCACGGUCCGCAAGUGGCGUGAAAAAUAAAGGAAAAACCUUAGGUGACAGAUCGGUGUGGAAUCCUUCCGGAAAAACGAUUUGAAUCCGGAGGCGGAUUCUGGCCUAUCAGUGUAGUGCUGUUUGGUAGAGGAAAGGAAGGGGCGGUGAUUCGUUUUGCAUCCUGGACAUUGCGAAAGUGUAGUGUCCUUCGUGUUGGCUGCAGCUGCAGCUCCAGUUUAGUUAAGAAGUACGUACUUGUGUGCGGCGCCGUGGCCCAUCAGCAAGCCAGCAAGCAAGCAGCAGCAGCUCACAGCUAGCCAACCAAGGGAAGAAGAAAAAGGUGGAACAUUUUUGCACCGCAGGACGAACUAUUAUCGGCUGGCAUGCCUUAGGGGGACGGUUUUCUUUUAUUUUUCCUGUGUGAAAAGGUGUAAAUUUUCCAGUGUCAGCUGUUGAAGAUUAAGAAAAUCCUUUCGGCUUAGUGAAAGAUCCCAUUACAAGAAGUACUCUCGUCCUAGUGGACGAUGCCCUACUGAAGCUGUAUUUUAAAGUGUGUUAGUUUAGUGUCAUUUAGUGCCGGUCCAUUUCGUGCGUUCUAGCGUGAGUGUUAACCGCGUGUGCCGUACCGUAGAAAACAACAACAACAAGAUCAACGCCUUGCCGCUCGAAACCAAAAAGACACACCGCUGUAUGCGUCCGAACGCAACCCCGCACGACCGCUACCGUUGGAAAAAGAUGGACCAACAACAGCAACCGGCAGCAGCGGACCGGAAGUCCACCACCACAGUGGUGGACGGCGGUGGUACCGAUCAGAAGAUUCCCCUGCCCGUCACAACAACCUCACCUCCAACAGCGGCAGCAGCUAUGGCCGGUUCUACAACAGGGACGACUCCGGCAGUAAAUGCCACCGCUGGCGGUGCUGGCGCUGCUCCGGGUGGAACACCCGGUUCUUCACCGUCCAGAAGGGGUACCAAGCGGAAGAGUUCAGGAAGUGCCGCCGCUCGGAAGCGCCGCAAACUGCAGCAGGCCCAGCUGAAGGCCGGCGAACCGGCGGCCGAGCAGGUGCCGCAAACCAAGAACACCGUGGCCGUGCUGAACGAACUGAAGCGCAACCUGGUGUACAAUCUGGAAUCGCAAACCGGCCCCGUUCAUGCACCGCUCUUCAGCAUGUCCGUCGUGGUCGACGGCCAGAAGUUUAUCGGCCAUGGACGCAGUAAAAAACUCGCCCGCAUAGAAGCCGCUGCUGCGGCCUUACGCAGUUUCAUUCAGUUCAAAGACGGUGCCACACUCACCCCGAUUAAGCCACUUCACAAUGUGGACUUUACCAGCGACGAUCCGAUGAUCGAGAACAGUAUCUUUCCACUUUCGGAUCCUCCGGUGCUGCCGGAAGCGGUCCCCGCUAGUCCGGGUAAAACAGAAAAAGCCAACAGUAAAGGAUCUGCAUCCGAAAAGGGUCACAUCUCGCGACGUGCCGAGUCCAAGGAGCGACAGAACGGCCCCAACCACAACAACAACAACAAUUAUAAUACCAACAACAACAACAACAAUGUGCACUCAACAAACAACAUAUUAGCGACUACUACCAAUACCACCACAAGCGUCACUGCUGCUGCUGCCAACCAAGCGCAAAUCAGCAGCAGUGCCCUUAGCAACAGCAACAGCAUCGUCAACAACUACAACAGCAACGGCAAGAACAACGCCUACAGCAGCAACAAUAGCAACCUAACGACAAUGGCGACGGCAGCGACGAUACCUGCGGCCGUGACCGGACCGCCCCAAAAUGGGCACCGGCAAGUGGUUGAAAAAAUUCAGCAAAGUUUAGAUCUAUUUAAAAAUUCCAAUGAAAAGAAUGUAGCAUGGAAGAAGCGAUUAGAAACGAUCACCCAUCCACCCACCCCGUCACCGCUCUUCUUUGUCAUCCGUAUCCGUGUAAUCCGCAUUCUACUGCAACUGUAA